GACCGAGAAGAGAAUACACAACGCAUACGCUCGAAAACAGGAGUCUAUCUAACCUCGCCAACAGGACAAAAGAUUGCGUCCAUCUAUGGCGCGUUAAUCGGAUACGUUCGCGUCGCUCGCAGAAAAUAAUAAACACGGCAUCACGUAACCUUCGGUAUGAACCUUUAAAAUUCCACGGUUAAUUAUUGAAUGUCGUGAACAAGUCGUCCUCCAGAAAUCUGGGCGCGUUUCUCAGCCCAUGAAACGAAUUAUGGGCAUGCAAAAUUCGAAGAGUUACUUUCUUUAAGUAUCGUUCACCAUCGUAGAUGGCGCUACGAAAGCUCAUCCACCGAAUAUUUCUUCGCAGACAGGAUACAGACGAUGACAUAAUAUCGAAAAAAUCGUUGCAGACGGUGAAGCAGAUCAUCAACUUUCUGAAAGAACAUGCCAGAGAGGAAGGUUUAUUCCGACGUGCAGGCCGUCGUGAUCUCAGAAGAAGGAUCUUAAAUUCUUUAAAGAAAGGAGAGAAACCUCAUUUAGGGAACAAUGACGCGGCUUUGGAAUGCGCAGCAGCGUUACAACUUUUCUUAUGUCAUUUAAAGAAACCCGUCAUGCCCCAGCACGUCCAGCAGCUUCUUCUGGCUGAUAAUCCUGGAGUGACCGCCCACAUGAUCGCCAGAGACGCCCUAGGAUUGAUACGACAGGAUGUUGGUGGUCGUCAUGGAGAGCUAUUGGCUGGUCUUCUUGAUUUACUGAGACACUUGACCCUUUCUGGUCCUCCAUCCGAGAGAUCAGAGCUUCGUGGUUCACCGCUUCCGAUUGCACUGCUUCCAGUCUUCUUCACUUUAACGCCGGCUGAUCUGGUAAAAUGGAAGCAAGUGGCCGCCAGAUUCAGCGAAUUAAUUACCGAGGCCCCUGAACAACUGCAGCUGAAUGAAAAUCGAUUGUACGAAAUAGAAUCAACGAGGCUAUCCAUUGGGAACGCGGGCAACGUUAGGUUGGAGAGAUAACUGGGAUUCUUGAUGUGCCGUUGCAUGGUCCACCGGCGAGUAGACUUCAUCCAGCAAUUUCCAAUUCGAAUUGAAAGCACCUAAUAUUAAGCGGCAUUAAAAACGUAAUUUUUUUCGUACACAUGUAACGAAAUAUUUUAAAUUACCUGCAUUUCCACUCAUAUCUUCAAUCGCGGAAUUUAAUCCCCUUUUCUUUACUAACAUUAUAUCUUUAUCCAAUAUUUUUCUUUUUUUUCAUCCUAUUCCUAUUUCCUCUUUCUUCUUAUAUUCAAAAAACUUUGAUCCUUAUUUUGAUUUUGGGAUGAAAAUGAUUUGUAAAGAAAAAAAAUUAAGAACGUAUAUAUGUACGAUAUAUAUAUAUACGAUAAACAUGCUAGGGAUUAUCAAUUUGUAAUAAAUUAUAUUUGAAAAUAUAUAAAAAUAAA